AUAAUAUCUUGAGUCCGAAAGAGCAUGGCAUGGAGAUAAGCAGCUAGUACACUGCCCUGGACUAAGUCUGCUUUCCGUUCCUUAGCGACCAAUUGUUCCUAGCUUCACAGCGUUUGAUCACCAUGGCCUAUAUUCAUUGGGCCUUCGUGGCUCUGGUCAUUCAAUCUGCCCUUCGUUUGGCUUUAGCACAAGAUGCAGGCGCAGUGGUAUCCGAGCUUGCGAUAGGCGAUGUGAAGGUAGUGGUCAAAGCAGCCGAUGGCUCAGCAAUUAGCACAUUGACCGGAGCUUAUCCCAAGUCGGUGCUCGCGAAUCCGGAGAUACCUGCCACGGCAUCUCUCGACGUUACUGUUGCGGUUAAGAAGGGGGGCGAGCCCUUUAAGCCUCAGCAAGUUAUGCUUAUGCUAAAGAGCAAGUCACUGGGGCUUGCCGCAUACGCUGUCGGCAAGUUCAAGAGUGGGUCAUAUGUGCUGAGCAUUAAUGCAGCUGCUGUGGAGAAGCAGAUUGGAAAGCUGCCGGGCGAGUACGACAUUACGCUGUUGGUUGGUGAUCCAUCGGCAAAGGGCGUAGAAUACCUACUCGGAACUGCCGAGCUGCGCUUCAGCGCAGCCAGCACAGCGGCUCAGCCGGCUACGGUGGUUCGCACAGCUUUCUUCCAGCCCGUGAACAACAUUAAGCCAGAGAUUCAUCACAUUUUCCGUGCACCGGAAAAGCGGCCGCCGGCAUUGGUCUCAUACGUGUUCGCCGGGCUGGCAUUCGUGCCACUGGCGGCUGUUCUGGUGUACGUGCCCACCAUUCCUGGUGUCAACUUGAAGGGCUGGACGACGGCUCCCUUGUACAGUGUGUUGUUCCAUGGAGGCCUUGGAGGCAUGUUGCUGCUCUACAUGAUGUUUUGGCUGCGUCUCAACCUGGCACAGACACUACCAAUGGCCGGCAUCUGGGGCUUGUUCGUUGCGGGAAGUGGCUUCCUUCUUCUGUCUUCUCUGUCAAAGCAGCGCUUGAAGAAGGACCAGUAAAAAAGUAGGGAUUGACGAUGCCUCCUUGGGUCGUGGAUGGUCGGUGUGCCUCGAACACAUGACUGUGAGAUUUGAGGUACUAAAGUCGUGACAGAUGUCUGUUGGACGUCCUGGGUCCAAAUCCUGUUUGUCAAUCCGCUUGUUGAGUUUUUAUUUGGUGCUGGAAAGAGUGGAACGGGUACUGUAAUAACACCUCUUAC